AUGGUCACAGUCAGAACACUCAAUAGCGUGGCAGCUUCAAAGAACUGGUUUUUAUACCAAAUGGAUGUAAACAAUACUUUUCUUCAAGGAGAUUUACAUGAAAAAAUCUAUAUGGAUUUGCCUCAAGGUUUUCAUAGACAGGGGAAGUAUAGGAGAGAAGGUUGUAUUGUGAUUAUUUUAAUCUAUGUUGAUGAUCUACUUAUUACUGGGAGUGACAAGGACCUCAUUGAUGGGGCUAAGCAGACCUUACACAACAAUUUCAAGGUCAAAGAUCUUGGAGAACUCAAGUAUUUCUUGGGCAUUAAAGUGUUGAGAUCAAAACAAGGGAUACUUCUCAAUCAGAGAAAGUAUGCCUUAAAACUAGUUUAUGAUGUUGGACUUAAUGGUGCAAAACCAUCCACAACACCACUUGAAGCCAAUACUAGACUAACCACUGUUGAAUUUGACAAAUUAAUAGGUGACACUGAUGAUCCUUUGCUAGAAGACAUAUGCAGUUAUCAAAAAUUGGUUGGGAAACUGAUUUAUAUUACCAUCACACGCCCAGAUAUUUGCUUCACAUUUCAAGUACUCAGUCAGUUCAUGAAGCAACCAAAGAGGUCACACUGGGAAGCAGCAUUGAGAGUGGUAAGGUACAUCAAAGGUUGUCCUGGUUUAGGGGUUUUUCUAAGCCAGACCUCAGCUACUCACUUAACAGUCUAUUGCGAUUCUGACUGGGCAACAUGUCCUAAUACUAGGCGCUCAGUCACGGGAUAUGUCAUUAAGCUAGGUGACUCCCUGAUCUCAUGA